GAAUAAAGAAGCCGCCGUUAGCCCUUUAUGGUCAGUUGACGUUUGUUGGAUCAGAAAGUUGCUCUUAAAACUGGAACGAUCCUGUCUGCGGCCAUGAAAGCCACGAUUAUUGUUCUUUUGGGUCUCUUUUGCCUUUCAUUGGCAAUCCCAGUAAAGAAAGAUGUAAGUGAAAAAGAGCAUACAGAAGAUCCUUCAAAUAAAGAGGAAGAUGAGAAUAUAGAAGAUGCUCUUCCUGAGGAUGAAGAGUUUGAUGCUUUUGAUGAAGAAGAAGAUCAUGCAGAUGAUGAACCAGAUGAAGAUGAACAAGAGGAUGACGAAGAUGAACCAACUGAACUGGAAGAUGCAGCCCCAGGCAUGAGUGAGGAAGAUGAAGAUGAAUCCAAGGAAGAAAAGAAGGAACCAGCUGAGGAGGAAAAGAAAGAGCCAGCAAAGGAGGAGAAGAAAGAACCAGCAACGGAGGAGAAGAAAGAACCAGCAACGGAGGAGAAGAAAGAACCAGCAACAGAGGAGAAAAAGGAACCAGCAAAAGAGGAAGAGAAUGAGCCAGUGAAAGAGGAGAAAAAAGAACCAGUGGAGGAGGAGAAGAAGGAACCAGUGAAGGAGGAGGAGAAAGAACCAGUGAAGGAGGAGAAGAAGGAACCAGUGAAAGAGGAGGAGAAAGAACCAGUGAAGGAGGAGAAGAAGGAACCAGUGAAAGAAGAGAAGAAAGAACCAGUGGCAGAAGAGAAGAAGGAACCAGCAAAGGAAGAGAAGAAAGAGCCAGUGAAAGUAGAGAAGAAAGAACCAGUGAAAGAAGAGAAGGAACCAGUGAAAGAAGAGAAGAAGGAACCAGUGAAAGAAGAGAAGAAGGAACCUGUAGAGGAAAAAGAUGAAGUUGAAGAAGAUCUUGCUUCAAUUUCUCCCAUAAACAAGGAUGAAGCAGAAGAUAAAAGUGAAGAACAUGAUACACCUGAUGAUGAUGAGUCAAAGGAAGAGAAGAAGGAGCCAACAGAAGAAGAUGAAAGUAUUGGAAAUGCUGAAGAUGAAGGCAUACAUGGAGAGGAUGAAGAUGCAUGGUAUGCAGAGGAUGAAAAUGAUGAACAUGACACACCAGCGUACGAUGAGUCACAUGAGGAGAAUACUGUUACGUAUAUAGAAGGUGAUCAUGUGACCGGAAGAUUCAUCCAACACUCGCUCCUAUCAGGAUUAAAUGUUAGUUGUCAUUUGUUGGAGCAGGAGACUGUUGUGAGAACUGGCGAUAUCCUGUCUGCCACCAUGAAGGCAGCAAUUUUUAUUCUUUUGGGUCUCUUUUGCCUUACAUUGGCAAUUCCAGUAAAGAAAGAUAAUGAAGAUGCACGUUAUGCAGAGGAUGAAGAUGCACGUUACGCAGCAGAUGAAGAUGCACGUUACGCAGAGGAUGAAGAUGCACGUUACGCAGAGGAUGAGAACGAAAAGGAUGAGAAAAGGAAGGAACCAGUGAAAGAAGAAAAGAAAGAGCCUGCAAAAGAGGAAAAGAAAGAGCCGGCAAAGGAGGAAAAGAAGGAACCAGUGAAAGAGGAGAAGAAGGAACCAGCAAAGGAAAAAGAUGAAGAUGCACGCUAUUCAGAAGAUGAGGAUGCACGUUACGCAGAGGAUGAGAACGAAAAGGAUGAGAAAAAGAAGGAACCAGUAAAAGAAGAGAAGAAGGAACCGGCAAAGGAGGAAAAGAAGGAACCAGUGAAAGAGGAGAAGAGAGAACCAGUGAAAGAAGAGAAGAAGGAACCAGCAAAGGAAAAAUAUGAAGAUGCACGUUAUGCAGAGGAUGAGAAAGAAGAAAAUGAGAAGAAGAAGGAACCAGUGAAAGAAGAGAGGAAGGAGCCUGCAAAAGAGGAAAAGAAGGAACCAGUGAAAGAGGAGAAGAGAGAACCAGUGAAAGAAGAGAAGAAAGAGCCUGCAAAAGAGGAAAAGAAGGAACCAGUGAAAGAGGAGAAGAAGGAACCAGUGAAAAAGGAAAAGAAGGAACCAGCAAAGGAAAAAGAUGAAGAUGCACGUUACGCAGAGGAUGAAGAUGCACGUUACGCAGCAGAUGAAGAUGCACGUUAUGCAGAGGAUGAAGAUGCACGUUAUGCAGAAGAUGAGGAUGCACGAUUACGAAGUCACAAGGGGAUUGACUAAUUUAGAAUGAAACUAGAGAAAUUUGAAAAUCAUUUUAGUUCUAGGUUAUUUAACUAUCUAUGUUUUUGUGAAAUAGAAAGGAGCAAAAUUUU